AUGCCCUUGCAGUAUCUUCUUGCCUUCAAGUCACCAUUUAGCCCCAUUCAACACCUUACCAGAUGUUCCUGGACGACACUGAAUGCUGCGCACCAGGUUUUGGGACGUGUCUCGACAAUCCUGUUCUACCUACACGCAGGAUUCUACUUGAAUUUCUUUGUCCAAGCACAUGUUCUGGCAAAACGCAUCAAAGACUGGGACGUCAUUCUCGGACUCGUCGGAACGAUUGCAUUCACAGCUGUAGGCACAACUGCGCUUUCGGCCCUCCGCAAGUUGAGUUAUCGUGUCUUUUACACAACUCACGUUACCCUGGCUACCAUGUUGCUGCCUGUGCUCUACUUCCAUGUCCACCACAUCCGCAUCUACAUCAUCGAGACGGUCAUAGUAUACACAGUGCAUCUAGUGCUACGUAUACUCAACGAACACAAAGUGGAAGGUUCCUUGACCUUAGUCCCUGGAACAGCGAACCUGCUCGAGAUCAAUAUUCCAAUAACAGCAAAGUCAAAGCAAAAGUCGAUCGUGCAAUGGCAACCAGGGCAGCACGUCUACACUUCUUUGGCGCAGGGCCCAGUUUAUAUGCGAUCUCUCAAAUCAAGAAGUCCGUUCGCCAUCGCCUCAUUGCCAUCCGAAGAUGGCAAUCUUAAACUGGUGGCUAGAGUACUGGACGGGAACACGGCUGCUCUUGCAAAAGCAGCGACAGAAGGCGCGACUGGAAAGGCUUCUUCCAUACCACUUAUCCUGGAGGGACCAUAUGGCUUGUCAACACAUUCAAAUACCUUGCUCCAGUACAAUCGAGUCUUGUUCAUAGCUGGUGGCGUGGGCGCUACCUUUGUGGUGCCACUCUACAGAACGUUGCUUAAAGAUCUUUCACCAAGUCCUGGAAGCCGUAGAAGGCAGAAUGUCGCCUUUGUCUGGGUAGUUAGGGAUGAGGCAGAGACAAGCUGGGCUGUGCCCGAAGACGAGCUUGAAAAGAAGGGCAUGCAAGAGCGCAUGACCGUUUAUGCCACACAGACCGGCAGAAUGGACAAUGACGAGCACAAGAACAAUGAUGUCGACGAGGGCAUCGAGCUUGAGCGACUGUUACCUAGUGGUGGCAUUAAUGACUCGGUACAGAAAUGGCAAGUACACCCAGGUCGCCCUGACUUGGGCGAAAUGAUAGAUGGCGUAUUUAGCCACACGCGGAAUGAUACAAAAGUGGCAGUGCUCGUCUGUGGGCCAAGGUCGAUGGCCGAUGAGGUCAAGAAGAAGAGCAACAAGUGGAUAGGCAAGCGAGACUUUUGGUUACAUGUCGAGGCUUUUGGGCUGUAA